UCCCCUACCUCCAACACCUCUCCUCUUCCCGUGCCGCAGCGCCACCGUCCGCUCUGCUCCCUGCGCCCGCUCGCCUCCCUCCCCUCUCCUCCUUCAUGCGCCAUCAAGGCUCGGUGGAGCACUAGCUCCAUCUCCUCGCCUCCCCGCCGCAAACGGACGCCACCAUAGUGGCCUUAAUGGCCGGCCACCACCGAGCUCCGCCCCCUCCGCUGCUGGCCGUUCCGCUCCCUUUUCUCGGCCUACAAAACGAGCACUCCAGCCUCGCCGCAUCUCCUUUCCUCGCCCUAGCUCUCCCCUGCUCCGCCCCACCUAGCACAGCAGCGCCGCCGCAAACCGUGCUCGGGCCGCCGCCGUCGAUCUCCCUCUUCGUCACGCCCUCAUCUCCUUGGACCACCGCCGGAGCUUCGCGCCGUGACAACGCGUCGUUCGAGGGAACUCAAGAACAAACAUACGAGGAAGAGAAUCAGCAGUUUGGCAAGGAAGAAGAGAACAAUGAGGUGGAAUUCUACAGCGACUUGGAGGAGUUCUAGGAGCGUUCACCAGUCGAGUUUCUGUGGGAAGCUUUGUUGAAGAUCUCGUAUAUGUUGUCGGUGAAACGUUAAGACCUUUGUGCCUAUUAUCGGAGUGUGUAAUAAAGUACUUUUUCCUCUUUUAUUUACGUUGUUAAACAUUGUCUCUGAUAUAUUCACUUAUGACGUCUUCCAUAUGUGUGAAAUAUGAUCCUGGCACACAUAUGAGGUA